CCCAUUCUCUUCGAAAACUAGCCGUUACAUCAAAUCCUUCAUCCCCAUUUCUCUCUGUCUUUAAUUGUAAUCCUUCAACAUCCUCACAUCUUGCCAUUCUUGCUAAAGAUUUCACCAUUUCGCUCUAUUAUUUUUAAUUUUUUGUCCUGAAACAAUCACUAUCAACCCGUCAUUCAAGUCUCAGAGUAAUCCAUGGCCGUGCCUUCAAACAAAUCAUCUUCCUCGCAAGCGAUUUUAAGCAGAGCAAAUCUCAAUUCAAGAAACUCAGAGAGUAGCAACCCCAUCAGAAGGAGUUUCAGUGGUAACCCAUUUACGAGACCCUCAAUUGUUGCAAACCCGAGAGGCUUCAAUCCGAAUACUCCGGCUAAUAGUCCUUCUGACUUUACGCGAAGAAACUCGAUGGGGAGAGAAGGUGUAGCUUUUUUGCGAGAUCACGAGGACAAAGAAAACCCAAAAGACCAGAAUCCGAAACAGGGAAGAGUCCGAUCCCCAGCUUCUUUAAAGGGCAUGAAGAAUUUCAUGUCUCCGACUAUCUCAGCGGCUUCUAAGAUCGCCUCGUCUCCAAGAAAGAAGAUACUGGCUGAGAGGAACGAACCGGCUCGGACUUCUCUUUCGUUCUCCAACGAAAAAAAACCGUUCCGGUCGGUGACAUUCUCAGAUGUAGUGGAGGAUAUCGAUGCUAAGGCAGAUACUGGAUUGCAAGAGAUCAAGAUUGGAGCUGCGGAUGCCAACGAGGCACUUCUCACAGCUUUUUCAAUUUCAGAAGCUUUGAGAUGCGAGGAAGUCUUUGAUCCUGAGGUACCUCUGAGUUCUGAGACGGACUCGAAAUCGUCGUCGGAGGGAUCUGAUUGUGUUAAUCUUGACCAGACUUUCCAGACUGAAGUCGCGGAUGACAAGGAGGAGGCACCUCUCACAGCUUCUUCAAUUUCAGAAGCUUUGAGAUUCAAGGAAGUCUUUGGUCCUGAGGUACCUCUGAGUUCCAAGAUUGACUCGAAAUCGUUGUCGGAGGGACCUGCUUGUGUUAAUCUUGACCCGACUUUCAAGACUGAAGUCGCGGGUGACAAGGAGGAGGCACCUCUCACAGCUUCUUCAAUUUCAGAAGCUUUGAGAUGCGCGGAAGUCUUUGAUCCUGAGUUACCUUUGCGUUCCGAGAUUGACUCGAAAUCGUUGUCGGAGGAACCUGAUUGUGUUAAGCUUGACCCGACUUUCAAGAUUAGUCCCACUUCUUCGUGUUGGUGGUCGUGUCCUAUGGUAGCGCCUCUUGAUGCGGACCCUUCAUUGCUUCCUUAUGAUCCUAAAGCUAAUUACCUCUCGCCGCGACCUCAGUUUCUACAUUAUAGGCCGAAUCCACGAAUUGAGCUUUAUCGCAACAAGGACGGUGGUGGCAGACGACUCGAGGAAAGCUUCAUUUCCGGAAGCUUUUCAGACACUGAAGUUACGGAAGAAACAGAGUCUGAUGAUUCACGGAAAGUAAACGAGGAUGUUUCUUCAGUUGAACCAGUAAAAGAAGAAGAGCAGCAAGAAGAGAUCCAUGUUUCUGAAACUAACCCCGGUAGCACUGAUUUGUCAGAGGACGCUACUGAAGCAAAAGGAGGGUCUAAGCAACGCUUCUUUGCGAGGUCAAUAUGGAUUGGGCUGCUCUUGGUUCUCUCGGUUGCUGGCUUAUCAAUCUCAGUUUCUAAUACUCCACUCAUUGAUCCCUCUGUGCUUAAAGUGUCUAACUUCUUUAACAAUUAUGACUCGUAUGAAACUGCUGGAUCAGCAAAAGCAAAAUUUGAUGGCCUAGCUCGAAAUCUUUUUCUGUGGUAUGCUAACUCCAUCUCCUUCGUCUCCGCGCUGGCGCCAAAUUUCGGAGGCGUGCAUAUUUCGGGUCCCCUGAGUUAUUGUAACUUGACCACUUUGCCUGAGGAUAUUCUCGUUGAUGAUCUUAUGUUUGGGCAUAGUCAUGAGGGAAGAGGAGAAAAGUUUGAACAUAGUAUGCUGGGUUCAAUGAGGGAGACGGAAGUUGAUAUUGAACCACUGGAAGAGGAGGGUUCAGAAAGACUUGAUGACCGGGUAUAUGGAGGAGAAGUAAGCCAAGAGACUGAAGAGGUUUUAGAAGAGCACGGUGCUUCAGAAUUUGAGGAAGUAUAUGGAGGAGACGUAAGCCAAGAGACUGAAGAGGUUUUAGAAGAGCACGGUGCUUCAGAAUUUGAGGAAGAGCUUCAGGCUCUAGAGGAAGAUCAGGUGACUGAACUAAGUAAUUUAGGAGCAGAGAAGACCGAGGAAGAAGUUUUCGCUGCCGGUAACCAUGGCAGUCGGCAGCAAAGUAACUAUGAGGAGCAGCCCGUUAUGGUUCCACUGGCUGAAGAAGUUCAAUCUGAAGUUUCGGGGGCUGGGGAACUCAACGGUGAAAGUGAGACAAUUUCCCCCGCCAAAAUGGAUUCACGUAAAGUAGAUGUAAUUUCUGAAAGCGCAGAAUUUUAUGCGACAAAGGAUGGAUUUUUCAGGGAGAAUAUGCUGGGAAUUGCUGCUUUACUAUUGACACUUUUCACUGCCACAGUUUUCAUCCACGUGAAGAAGGAAAAAAACACAACCUCAAGUGCCGCUCUAAAUGCAGAGCAGCCACUGCCGAUUAAGAAACUGGAUUUCAGCCCAAUGUCGGUUAGCACUGAGCAUAUUUUCCUCCAGCGACCAUCUUCUAGGAACUGGCCGACUGAGGUGGACAUGGAGGGAGAAUCAUGUCCUUCGGAAAUGAGCAGCUUUCAGAGAAGCUCGUCUUACAGUAAGAAAGGAGGACUCAAGGAAUCGAGUGAAGCACAGAGCCAGAAGAGGAGGGAGCAGAGGAAGAACUACAAGAGAGAGUCACUUGCCUCUUCCUCAGAUUACUCCAUGGGUUCGUCUUAUGGGAGUUUUACUACGUACGAGAAAAUUCCGAUCAAGCACCACGGACACGGAGACGAGGAGACUGUAACUCCGGUUAGGCGCUCGAGCAGAUUCAGAAAACAAGUCACUUCUCCAUGAUGAAAUGACUACGAAUCUGUUUUAUUUUCUGCCUUCCCCAUUGCGUAGCUGCGCAAUGGUAUAAUGUGAAUGAGCAGAUAUUUAGUUGCUUUUUUCAAAAAAGAAUUUGAUUGCUUGUAAGUACUGUUGUUGGUACCUCUACGGAUCAGUAGUUUAUAUCUAUCGCUAAUCUCAGAUCCUUCUGACUUUUAAUUCCAUCAUAUUUAUUGUUCACACCA